AUGAAGUUCAUCUCUCUCGUCGCGGCGCCCCUCGCGCUCCUCUUCGCUUCGUCAUCUCCUCUGACCUCUCGAAACGAAUCCAAGAUCUUCGUUGGGCAGGUCACCGACACCUUCAACGCCUCUGUCGGGACCGUUUGGGGGAUCUACUCAGCCUUCGGAGCCGCCCAGCUUUAUAUGAAGAACGUCACCAUCAACGAACUCACCGGUUUUGGUCCCGGCGCUGUCCGAGACAUUACUCUGGCCGGCCAAUUUGCUCGCGAGCGACUGGACUGGGUCGAUGCCGAUAAACACUCCCUGGCUUAUACGCUCUACGAAGCUCCCGGCUUGCCUGCGGUCAACAUCCAGGGCACGAUUGAGUUGAAUGACAUUGGGAACAACAACACUAAGAUUGUGUGGACCGCGAGAGCGGAUGUGAUUACCGCAGGUGCUGAAGAUGGUAUUAAGGCUAGGGUGCUGGACAUUUAUACCAGCUCUAUCGCGAUCGUGAAGGGGCUUGUCUAG